AUUGAUUCGAAAAUGACAUUCGGAUUAAGAAGUGAAAAGGCUUAGUCGGUCUAAUGAUUAGAUUACUUUUAUACUUUAUACAGAAAGCUGACAGUACCUGAAAACGAUUUAAUACUAUAUUUAGUAACAAUUUAAAAGUGGAUCGAAAAUAAUUGAUACGUAUAUACUAUAUACUUGCUUGUUACUACUAUACAGUACAUGACAUCGCAUUUAUUAUUACAGGAGUAACAUUCUAAGUAGGAGUAUGUAACAACUUUUGUGCCGCGUGUACUAUAACUUCAAAAUUUUAGAUUCACAAGGGACCAACAUGUACAUAUAUUAGAUUUUGGUAGCCACGUAGACUUCACCUUCCUACUAUAUAAACUUAGAUUGUUUUCAAAUCUUCAUGACAAGUUGACAACACUUUUGAUCUUUCCCAGUCACUAAAUAUAAGUAUUAUCAGUUUGACACCACGAAAAUGGACUAUUCAAAAAAUGUUCAAAACGAAAAUUUCACCCUUGUUUCACAACCUUCUUAUUUGACAAGAGAUCAAGAGCAUGGUAUCAUGGUCUCUACUUUGCGACAAGUGAUAUCCAACACUGGAGGUGAUACGUCAUCAUCUCACUGGAUUGCAAGUGAAGCUCUUCCACCUCCGGACGCUGGCCCUUGUCCUCUUUGCGGCGUCACCGGUUGCUACGGGUGCGCAUUCCCACGGCAUGAAGAGGUAAAGAAGGAGAAAAAACACAAAGGAGUGAGGAAGAAGCCAUCAGGAAAAUGGUCUGCGGAAAUAUGGGAUCCGAGUAUGAGAGCAAGGAGGUGGCUUGGAACGUUUCCAACGGCGGAGAUGGCAGCGCAUGCUUACGAUGAGGCAGCGGCUGAGCUUGUUGGAAAAAGAUCAGCGAGACGUGGCACAAAUUAAAGAACUUGGCGGUGGAGAUGACUGAAAAAGUGUUUGGUCGGUGAUCAUAACUAUAAACGGCGAGGAAUAAUAAGCUAUAUUGCGAUAGUUAUAGUAGUUAUAGAUGCUUUGGGGGAGAAAUUAAUACAUUAUUCAGAGGAGUUGUGGUAUUUUGUAUGAGAACCCACCACUUAAGUAGGGUUUCUCUUUUUUUUUUUACUAAGAGGUCUUCAAAUUCAAGUUUUGAGGGAAAAAAAAGUUCUAUAGAGCCCAAAAAGUUUUGAUAAAGACCUCUCUAUUUAGUGAGCUUUAACAUUUGCAUUUGGUUGGGCUUUAUCAUUAUUUUGGCUUUUGGGCUGUUUUGUGAUGAUGAAAACCUCUGUUUAUGGAAGAGUUUUCUCCUCUGUUUCUUAAUUGCACUUUAUUUGAGGCAGAUACUCCACACCACAGAAGGUAGACACUCUGUUUAUGAUGAUGGAGUCGAUCAUUGAUUUAGUCCGAGCAUCUAAAACCACAAUAUUCC